CCAUCCUCUGUAGAAACAUUAACAUUUGGUAAUCAAUUUAAUCAACCUCUAUCAGCCGGUGUAAUACCAUCCUCUGUAAAAACAUUAACAUUUGGUUUUAAAUUUAAUCAACCUCUAUCAGCCGGUGUAAUACCAUCCUCUGUAGAAACAUUAAUAUUUGGUUUUAAAUUUAAUCAACCUAUUUCAGCUGGUGUAAUACCAUCCUCUGUAAAAACAUUAAUAUUUGGCGAUUGGUUUAAUCAACCUCUAUCACCCAGUGCAAUACCACCAUCCGUAGAA